AUGCUCAACAAACUCCACGGCCAGCCCGACAGCUAUGACAAGAAAGCCAAGUACAAGUUUGGCAAGACCCUCGGAGCUGGCACCUACGGCAUCGUCAGAGAAGCAGAAUCGCCCCAAGGAAAAUGCGCCGUCAAGAUCAUCCUGAAGAAGAACGUCAAAGGCAACGACCAAAUGGUCUACGACGAACUGCAAAUGCUCCAGCGCCUUCAACACCCCCACAUUGUCAAGUUCUUCGAUUGGUUCGAGUCAAGAGACAAGUACUACAUCGUGACACAGCUUGCGACUGGUGGGGAGUUGUUUGACCGCAUUUGCGAAAAGGGUCGCUUCACCGAAAAGGACGCUUCUGCAACCAUAAGACAGGUCUUGGAAGCCGUCGACUACCUCCACCAGAACGAUGUCGUCCAUCGCGAUCUCAAGCCCGAGAACCUCCUAUACCUCACCAAGGCCGAAGACUCGACUCUCGUGCUCGCAGACUUUGGCAUCGCCAAGCAUCUCGACAGUCCCGACGGUGUUCUCAAGACCAUGGCUGGUUCCUUUGGUUACGCAGCACCCGAGGUCAUGCUCAAGAAGGGACAUAGCAAGCCUGUCGACAUGUGGUCUCUCGGUGUCAUCACCUACACUCUUCUCUGCGGGUACUCGCCUUUCCGCAGCGAAAACCUGACAGACUUGAUCGAAGAGACCAAGCACGGCAGAGUUGUCUUCCACGAACGCUACUGGAAGGAUGUCAGUAAAGAGGCCAAGGAUUUCAUCAUGACUUUGCUGGUGCCCAAGCCCGAGAACAGAGCGACAAGUGCACAAUCACUCAAGAACCCAUGGAUCGCCGGCAAGGGUGCAACAGACCACAACUUGCUGCCCGAGAUCAAGGCAUACAUGGCCAAGGCUCGCCUGAAGCGCGGUAUCGAACUGGUCAAAUUGGCCAACCGUAUCGAGGCACUCAAGAUGCAGGAGGAUGAAGAGGAGGACGUACCACAGGCUGGAGAUGUACCUGCAGGGGCAAAGGAAGCAGCAGGUGCAGCACUGGCAAACCAAGAACAGAAGCCUCUGGAAGCCGGCCUCAAAGUACCAGAAGACAAGGGAGUGUCACACAAGCGCAGUCUGAGCAAGCUUGCCAAGGGAGCCAUCUUCCGUGAGGUUGUUUUGGCAAAGGUGCGUGAGAUGAAGGCGGAUGAAGAGGCACAAAAGAUAGCAUCUUCAGGCACUCUGGACAAGGAAAAGGAGAAGAAGUAA